AAUUGUUGGAAAAGUAACCUCUGCUAAUUAAGAGAAAAGUGAGUUAGAGAGAAGUCCAAGUUUGAAGUUUGGGGAUUAAUGGGUUAUUGUGAGAGUUGGGGGAUCCCAAAACACAAAACAAUGCAUUAAACAGUUUCAAGGAUCAUAUUCAUACGGAACAAGCUUCGAAUCUUCCUCUUUGAUUCGAUGCACCAUAAACCCCCCUUCUCGUCAAUCAUACCAACCCAUUAACCCUUCUUCUUCAAAAACAUCAUCUUUCUUCUUUUUCUGUUCUUAUUGUGAAGGAAGAAGCUGUAACUAAUAACAUUCUCCUCAUGAAACCUCUUUAUCGUCACAUUCUUAUCGUUCUCUCUGUUCUCUGUGCUGUCGUUUUGCAAUUCUUCGUCACCCUCUUCAGCUCCAAUGAUGUAUCAUCACAGCCACUGCCACCGAUCUCACGAAUCCCUCUUCUCAAACUCCGUCAUCAUCUACCUCAACAGCAGCAACAACUCAAGGCUCUCCCUUCACCAUCUUCUUCACGAUCCCUUCUCUCUCUUUCUCCCAAGCCAACUACAGCACUGGUUGCUGCUUUAGAUGGGACUAUGUAUUUGGUGGACAAACAGGAGAAUGGCCCCACAAGAGUGAUAUGGUCGUUCUCAACGGGAUCGCCAAUCUACCAUUCAUAUCAAGCUCCUAUUCACAAGGAUAGCGGUAAAGAAAACAGAUCUACACCAAGAAUCAGCGGGUCUGUGGAAUGCGGGGAUGACUGGUCAUUGUACAUGCAUGAUAAACACUUUGGUAAAAUGGUAUUUGGUUUAGUUUACUCUAUAAUAGUUGAGUCAGUAAUUUUUCAAAAGUAAAACUAUUUAUUUUGUGCUGAUUUAUGACUCAUAUCCUGAUUUUGACUAUUUCUUGAAAUUCACCCUAU